AUGAACACCAAACUUACCAGCAUUACUUUGCAAACAUUAUGUAGAUGGAGGUCUCAAUACAUUGCUACAUCAGCAGCCCAUAUCCUGCCAGAAUCAACAACUCUUGUUUGCGAUUCUGAUUCUGAUUUAAAAACAUUUCUGCAUGAGAAGCUAAAUAAUGCUCAACUUCCAAAACAAACUUGCAUUAUUCGUCCAUCCAUAUACAAGGUUCCAGAUCGUUUACGUUCAGUCGAACCUAAAGCUUAUGAACCCAACCUUGUGUCUAUUGGCCCAUAUAACCAUUACCAUCACAGAGCAGAUGGUCACCAUUUAGGAGCUAUGGAGAGCACGAAAUGGGACUUCUUUCAUCGCCUUUUUGAUCCAAGAAAACCAGACAGGCCUAACUUAGAUGCAGUAGUUGGUGGGCUAGAAGAAGUGGAAAAAAAGGCUCGUGGCUGUUAUUCGGAAGAUUUGAGUAACUUUGAAAGCAAUCAGUUUAACCAAAUGAUGCUUCUUGAUAGUUGUUUCAUCAUAGAGCUUUUAAGAGAAACUAAGGAGGUAGACUUUAGAAAAAAGUCUAUUCAUAUAAAAAGGUGGAUGUUGCCCGUCCUCCAACGUGAUCUGAUCAUGCUGGAAAACCAGCUCCCUUUGUUUGUUUUGAACAAAGUAUAUGACUUGACAGGUGGUUGUAGAGAUGUAAAUAAUAACAUCAUGGGUUUGGAAAAACUUGCUCUUGAGUUCUUUGGACCCAUGAUUUACAGAGAUUUGGAUUUGCAGACUCCAGAUACCCAAGUUCCAAAGAAAAAAGAUGUAAAUAACAAGGGUUUGAAAGAACUUGCACUUCAGUUCUUUAAAUCCAUGUUUUACAGAGAUUUGGAUACUCCAAAUAACAAUUCUUCCAGUAAACAAGCACAUGGUGAACAAAAAGCUGAAGUUCCAAAGAAAAUACAUCCAGAUCACUUUCUUGAACUCCUACGAGCCAGUAUUUGUCCCACUGAAGUUAAUCCAAAGAAGUUAUUUGGUUCGACUACUGAUUUGAAAGAGUCUGCUGUUAAGGAACCACAUAUGUUUCGUUCGACUACUGAUUUGAAAGAGUCUGGUGUCAAAGUCAAGAAGGCCGAGAACUGUCAGCCAUUAGAGGUGACAUUUGAAAAGGGUGUUCUAAGGAUUGCUCCGGUGAACAUGGAUGACUACAAAUUCACAGUGUUUCGAAACAUGGUGGCUUAUGAGCAAUGUCAUUUUGGUUGCAAACCAUAUGUAACAGCUUAUAUAUUCUUCAUUGAUAGGCUGAUAAAUUCUGCAGAGGACAUAGAAUUGCUUCAUUAUGCAGGCGUUAUGCAGCAUACUCUUGGUGGAAAUAAAAAAGCUGCAAAACUUGUGAACGAACUUUGUAAAGAGGUUGCAGGGGCAGAAGAUGACUCGUAUCUACACAAUGUUCUUUGGAAGAUUAAUUGUUACUGCAAUGAUGGUUGGAAUCAGAAGAGAGCGAAACUGAAACACGAGUAUUUUUACAAUGUAUGGGUAUCACUCUCUACUUUUGCAGCUAUUGUAUUGAUCUAUCUUGCCAUAGUUCAAACAGUCGCAGCGCUUGGAGAUGAUAAGGCACAAGAUCAUAUCAAUAAAAAUGGAUUCUGGUUUACGUUUGCACACACUUUCACUGUACCAUAUAGAGGUGUUCAACCCCGUAAUAAGAGCUCGUCCAGGCCUGCGGUUGAUCAAUACAUUCAAUGCUUCUUUGGUCCUAAAGUACGUGAUGACAUUAAGCCUUUCUGCUUCAUGAGUUGUUAGUGAUUAUUUUCCGAAAAAAAUGCAGGAACUGUAUCUUCAUAUAUGUUUUCUGUAUGGAUCUGUUUUGAGUAAAAUGUACUUUGUUAUCCAUCAA